CCUUUCGGGGCGCGCAGCCUCGGCGCCAACAUGCCGGAGUGCUUCAACUGCGGCGGCGACCACUACGCGCGGGACUGCCCCGAGGGCGGCGGCAAGGGCAAGGGCAAGAGCAAGAGCAAGGGGUGCUUCACCUGCGGGGGGGACCACCUCGCGCGGGACUGCCCGGAGAAGCCCGCGGGGGGAGGUCCCGGCGGGAGCGGGUGCUUCAUCUGCGGUGGAGACCACUUCGCGCGCGAGUGCCCAGAAGGUGACCGAAAGGGCAAGGGCAAGGGCAAGGGCAAAGGCAAGGGCGGCGGCGGUGGCGGCGGCAUCUGCUACGACUUCCGCGACAAGGGCGAGUGCAGGUUCGGCGACGAGUGCAGGUUCUCGCACGCGGUGUGA